AUGUCGAAGCUCCAGUCCGACGGCUUGUCCGUCACUCAUGCCUCGGACCGCAUCGGCGCCCCAGAUCUGCGGCUGAUCCACUACAACGAUGUCUAUCACGUCGAGUAUGAACCUCACAUCUACCAUAUUCUGACAUUGAAUUUGCGCAAAUUGUACUCACUAUUAUUUCAUUCAAGGCCAGGAUCUGCAGAACCAAUUGGAGGCGCCGCCCGCUUUCAAUCCCUCGUGAACUACUACCGCUCCGACCCGCGAUUUACCGGCCAAUCCAAUGUCCUAACAUUCUUCUCGGGCGACGCCUUCAACCCUAGUCUGGAGAGUUCCGUUACAAAGGGGAGACACAUGGUCCCAUUCCUGAAUAAGAUUGGGACUGAUGUAGCAUGCGUGGGUAAUCAUGAUCUGGACUUUGGAGUGGCCCAACUGCGCCACCUUGCCGCCCAAUGCCAUUUCCCAUGGCUCUUGGCAAACGUGCUCGAUCCCGCCCUGGGAGAGAGUGUUCCGAUCGCCAACUGUGGAAAGUCAUGUAUGUUAAGCUCGUCGAAUGGUAUCAAGAUCGGCGUGAUUGGCUUGGGUGAAAGAGAAUGGCUAGGUACGAUCAACUCACUUCCACCUAAUCUAAUCUACAAGUCCGCAACCCAAACAGCCAAAGAGCUGGCCCCUAAACUUCGAGAACAGGGUGCGGAGAUGGUGAUCAUUGUUUCCCAUCAACGCGAACCAAAUGACAAUAAGCUCGCAACCAAUCUUCCCCCAGGAUUGGUGGAUAUUAUACUCGGCGGUCAUGAUCAUUACUACUCACAUUCUAUUAUCAAUGGCGUUCAUGUGCUUCGAUCAGGCACGGACUUUAAACAAUUAAGCUACAUAGAAGUUUUCCGCAAGGAGAAUGGCGCCCCGGGCUGGGAUUUUAACAUCACUAGGCGAGACCUUGUUCGGUCUAUCCCUGAAGAUUCUGCAGCACUGGCAUUGGUCGAUCGUUUAACCUCCAGUCUCAAAUCAAAGCUCGAGAAGCCGAUUGGAUACACGGUGAUUCCUUUGGAUGGUCGCUUUUCUACUGUACGACAGCGGGAAUCAAACUUAGGAAACUUUGUCUGUGACUUGAUGCGAUUUUACCACGAUGCUGAUUGUGCAAUGAUGGCGGGUGGUACCAUUCGCGGUGAUCAAAUAUAUCCGCCUGGCGUGUUACGCAUGAAAGACUUGCUUAAUUGCUUUCCGUUCGAGGACCCGGUGGUACUUUUACGAAUUCGCGGGCAGGCUUUACUUGAAGCACUUGAGAAUGGUGUCAGUACGCUUCCUGCCCUUGAAGGUCGUUUUACACAAGUUUCAAACAUAUCAUUCGGGUUUAAAUUGGCCGCGCCGCCUGGCGCUCGCAUCACUUUUGCUCGUAUUGGUGGCCAGCCUAUUGAUCUGCAGCGCGACUAUACUCUUGCUACACGUGGCUACAUGGCUCGUGGAAAGGAUGGUUUCUCCUCAUUGCUGGUCAAGUCAGAGGGGGGAGAAGUAGAAGAGCUGGUAUGUGAAGAAAACGGAGUGCUGAUUAGCACAAUCCUCCGCCAGUACUUUAUGAGUCUCAAGGUUCUCGGUAAAUGGGGCCGGUGGAGUCCGAGUCUUCACCGGCACUGGGGCUCUGUGCAUCAAAACUUACACAGCGAAGGGUGGCUGAAGGCCCCGUCUGCUGCUGCAUCUCCAGUGUCAGAAAAAGCACCAAGUCAUCGAUUCACCCCGCGACCACCUCUGCAAAGAACCGGCCAUGAGGCUUAUUAUUAUGGACGCUUUCCAAAUGAAGUCGCAGCAGAGGGUGCCCCCGAUGUGGGUAAUGGGAGCGGUAGCGAUGUCAUGGACUCCGAUUCGGAUGAGGAUCCCAAUCUUCUUACUUCUCCCAGACCAAUGAUCAAUUAUGUGACAAUGCCUGCCCGGUCAUCUGCAGAUGAGGAACAUCGUCUCCAACUGGCACGCCGAGUAGUUCGCAAGUGGAUGCGCCAUGCCGGUCUUGACUCUGAGAGGCUUAAUCCCAUGGAUGGCGAGGGCGAAUUUACGCCGCCAUGGACAUCCGGGAUCUCGCCUCGGAUCGAGGGUCGAAUUGUAAUAGAAUGA